AUGAACGAAUUCAUGCACAUGAGCCCUGAAGAGUUCUCGGAGCAAGUGCUGUUGAAGGAGGAGGAUCUAAAGUUCCAUCCCGAGAGCAACGCCAUCGAUCACAAAAAAGCUAAAAAGUUGAGAGAGUUCAAGAAAGCGGCAAAAGUCGAGAAACGAGCGGCAAAUACCACCGACAACCUCUCGCAAACCGAGAUCAACGAAAUCACUGCAAUGCUGAGACAAAUGGGAUUUACCGGCGAGAUCGUCUUCAGCGAGGAGGAGCUGAAAGAAGAUCCAAUUGUGCCCGAUCCAACCCAGGAUGAACCUCUUCCUGGAGGCUUUGAUUGGAGAGAUCAAGGAGUGAUAACACCAGUGAAAGAUCAAGGCAGUUGUGGAAGUUGCUGGACCUUCAGUGCUGCUGGUAUUCUCGAGGCGCAACACGCGCGUAAGUACAACAAAGAGUUGAUCGACUUGGCCGAAUAUCAAAUGACUUGUGUUUAUGGUGGAACGAUCUGCAAGGGAGGUGCCUCCGAGGUUGCCUUCGAAUAUUACAAGACUCAUCCGGGAAUUGGUCUCGAAAAAGACACACCCUAUCCAGACCCUCCCGCCUCAGGCGAUAUGAGUUGCAAAGCCAAGCCACCAACUCCCCGAAAGUCACCGUCUCUUCUCAUAUCUCUUUGCUUGGAUCAACGGUCGACGAAAUCAAGGAUGCCC